AUGGACCUCACUUGUACGUGGAUUUUUCUGCUUUCCCUUUCCGUCUCCUAUGAAGGGGUUCGUGCAGAGGCUGAAGCAUGUAGGACAGUAGUCCAGGCGGACAUCGUGUUCCUGGUGGAUGAGUCGUGGAGCGUGGGCCAGACCAGCUUCUCCAGUGUGAAAGACUUCAUCUCCAGUAUCAUCUCCUCCUUCCAGGACAGUGUGGUGGGGGAUGAGGGCGUACGUUUUGGAGUCACCGUCUAUGGGGACAUUCCCAGGAUGCGGAUCGCUCUGACCGACUACAGCUCAUUGGAGGACGUGCUCAGAGCCGUUGGGGGCCUUCCGUAUGAAGGUGGAGCCAGCAGGACAGGAGAUGCCCUUCAGUUCCUGGUUGACUAUGUCUUCAGCCCUGUCAUUGCUCGGGACAACACCCCAAAGAUCGCCGUUUUGAUCACCAACGGUCGCUCCGACGACCAGGUGGAGGGGCCGGCUAAAGCAGCUGCCGACAGCGGGAUUUCUCUCUUUGCAGUAGGUGUUAGGGGAGCCGACGAAGCCGAGCUCAGGAGCAUCGUGGCAGAGCCGUACGAGGAGCACCUCUUGUUGGGUGCUGAUUUCUCUCUCCUUGGAGUCCUCCUGCCCAAGCUCUCCCGCAGAGUGUGUUUCACGGCCUCCGAGCCGCCGCGGCCCAUCAGAACCAGCCAGUCAGUGGAAGAGCCUGUGGUGGGACCCAGGGACCUGCAGGUCAGUGAGUUGGCCUACAGCUCCUUCAGACUGACGUGGAGCGAGGCCACAGGCGACGUCACCGGAUACCGCCUACUGGUUACCCCGGUCAGCAGCAAGGGACAUCCCCUUACCACACUGCAGCGACAGAUUGAUCUGAAGGGAGAUGUGAACACAGCACUGGUGACUGACUUGACUCCUAAAACGGACUAUUCCCUCACCGUCUAUGCCAUCCAUCCCAACCUCAUAGGAGACUCUGCUACAGUCACCAUCCAGACAUCUCCGUUGCCUCAGGUGUCAAACUUCCGGGUCAUUGAGGAAGGAUUGUUCUCUUUUCGACUAGCCUGGACUCCUCCUUUAGGGAAGCUUAACGGAUUCAAGAUCUUCAUUCCUAGAUCCAAUAGACCUGGAUUUACUUAUGAGCAGCUGCUUCCUGGCGAUGCCUCCUCCCAUGUGAUUGACAGCCUGGAGGAGGAUAAGAAAUACACGAUCAGCAUAUAUGCCAUCUACCCCGAGGGUCCAAGUGAAGCGGUUUCUAUAGUAGGCAAAACACUGAAGCUUGUACCAGUUGAACAGCUGCUGGUUCAGAAUGCAACUACAGACACAGUCCAGGCGAGGUGGGCAUCGGUUAGGGGUGCUACCGGGUACCGCUUGACGUGGGGCUCUCCAGAUGGCCACAUAGAGAAUGUAAACCUCGGGGAGACCUAUAACUUCUACAUGAUCCAGGGCCUCCAUCCAGGUUCUGAAUACACCAUCACCAUUAAUCCCAUUUUUGUGGACAUUGAGGGUCCAGUCACCGCCGCCAGGGCCAAGACAUUGGAGAGCAGUGCAGUUCAGAUUCUGAAGGUGUCUGCUGUGAGCACCAACAGCGCUGUCAUUUCAUGGAACAAAGUCCCUGGGGCCACUGGCUACAGAUUGGCUUGGGGGCCAACACCAGAGUUUGUCGGUCGGGACCGACCCAGGCAACUGGCUCUCAAUGGCAGCACCACAGUGUACCAGCUGAAGAACGUCAUCCAUGACACCGAGUAUGUUCUGUCUCUCUACGUGUUGUUUGGAUCCAUUGUGGGGCCUGGUAUCACCGCUACCUUCCGUACAUCUCCUUUAGGCUAUGUGUCCAACUUUAAGGUGACCUCCUACACCAGUACCUCCAUAGACGUGGAAUGGAGUCCCAUUGUUGGAGCCACAGAGUACAAACUGUCCUGGAACUCAGGUGGCAGCAGCACAAAGUCUCAUUACCUGGACCGCAGCAUUCUGUUUCAUCGUAUUGAAGAUCUUAACCCACAGACCACCUACACUGUCAGCAUCCACGCAGUCUAUGGCAAUACAGAGGGGCCUGAAAUCUCCCUCUCUCAGCUCACAGCGGCUGUCUCAGAGUCUGAGCUCAUCCAAGCAGUGAGGGAGGUGAAGGUGGUGGACAUAGGAGUCAACUCCUUUACCCUGUCCUGGAGGGAAACACCGGGAGUAUCUGGAUACAAGGUGUCCUGGAGUCCCUUCCUGGGGGGCGAUGAUAAGUCCCAGCUAUUGCCCGCUGCCUCCACCAGCCUCACUAUCUUCAACCUGCAGGAGAGCUCAGCCUACAAAAUCCAGGUGUCCUCUAUGGUGGGAAAUAGAGAGGGAAGCCCAGCCCUGGUCACUGCACGUACCUUGGACCUUCCUAAAGUGAAUGAUUUCAGUGCUAUGAACACCACAGACGGCAGCACUGUUUUAAACUGGACAAGUGUGGCAGGCUCCUCUGGUUAUUUUCUGUCCUGGAGACACAUCUCAGAGUUGGAGACUAAAACAGAGAUACUAGGCCCUGGUUUCACCUCCUAUAAGAUUGCUGAUCUACUGUACGGCCGAACAUAUAUUUUUACCAUCAGACCUCUGUAUGGAGAAGUCGAGGGGCCUAUAACCACAGUCUAUCAGAGAAUAUUGGCAAAGGACGCACCGUUGGCACCAGUACAAUCCGUGCUACCCACAAGGGCACCCGAUUCACCUCAUAUCACCACUGUGUCCCAAACCUCCAAAAUCACCAACACCACCACAGCUCACAACCCCACCAGGAGCACCCGCAACCCCAUGGCUAAGCCCCCCACUAAGAUUAUCACCGCCAAGAAGCCUCCCAGCAAAUCCAGUAGCGCCAUAGCCAAAACAGCAGCAGCCACUACCAUCUCGAGACCCACUAUAACCAAAGACCUUUCCACUGUUGGCACAGGGACCACAGCACUACCUGGACCAGUGUGUGGAAAAGCCAAAGCAGACAUAGUAUUCCUGAUGGAUGAGUCAUCGAGCAUUGGUGCCAAUAACUUUGUCAAGAUGAAAGACUUUAUAUUCCGGGUGGCCACUUACUUUCCUACUAUUGGCCCUCAGGGCACACAGAUAGCCGUAGUUCACUAUAGUGAUGAGCCCCGAACUGAGUUCCGUCUGAGUGACUUCAAAGACAGAAACUCUGUGCUCAGAGCUCUCAGAGGGCUACGCUAUGGUGGGGGCAACACCAAAACAGGAAAGGGCAUCAGCUUUGUACUGCAGGAGGUUUUCCAGGAGUCCCUUGGGAUGCGACCGGAGGUGGCCCAUGCUCUGGUUCUGAUCACAGAUGGCAGGGCCCAGGAUGACGUGUUGCCGCCCUCCAGGAUUGCUCGGGCUUUGGGUGUCAGUGUCCUGGCAGUUGGAGUUGCUAAUGCAGACCUUGAGGAGCUGAGGAAGAUAGCAUUUCCAACCAGCUACAAGAAUAUCUUUUUCUCUCAAACCUUUGAUGAUUUCCCUUCUAUAGAACGAGAAUUCAUCAACAGUCUGUGUAGCGAGGCGCUCCUCUCCGAGUUCAAACUAGAUGACGAGUCUGCUCAGCUGGACACCCCUACUGAAGACCCAGAGGAACUAGCCAAGCCCCAGGGCCCCUGUCCUUCCCAGUGUAUUAAGGGUCAAAAGGGGGAAAAGGGAGAUGGUUUUGGUCUUGGAGGGCUGAGAUUCAAGCAAAAACCUGGAGAGUAUGAUCCUUUUAGUCCGUCCAAAGGAGAGAAAGGGGAGAGGGGACUUCCUGGAACCGAUGGUAUUCCUGGGCUGCCUGGACGACCAGGAAGAACCGGACCACCAGGCUCUGGAGGCCAACGGGGUCCUCCAGGUGUUUCAGGUGAAAUGGGCCCCCCUGGACUCACUGGUCCAAAAGGCCAGAGAGGAGAGAGGGGAGAGCCUGGAUAUGUUAUAGGAAGCAUGGAAGCAGGAUUCGUCCCUGGACGAAAGGGAGAACCAGGCUCCUCUGGUCCCCAAGGACCUCCUGGUGUUCCAGGGGUUUCUGGAGCUCCAGGCCUGCCUGGCCAGCUAGGACCACCCGGAUCGCCAGGAUUAUCUAUCAAGGGAGAAUCAGGGGAACCAGGGGCAAAAGGUUUCCGUGGGAAACAGGGGCUGAAAGGAGACAAAGGAGACCAAGGAAAAGAUGGUAUUGCAGGGUUACCUGGUCCCAUUGGCAUUGAUGGAAAUCCAGGCUUACCAGGCCAGAAGGGAGAGAAGGGUGAAGAAGGAAUCGGUAUACAAGGUAUUCAAGGUCCCCGUGGUGAUCCAGGAGAGAAGGGGAACAUGGGCUUACCAGGACCAAUCGGUCCAAAGGGUGAGACUGGAGAUCAGGGCCUCCAAGGAGUUAUCGGACCUCGGGGAAAAAAGGGAAUGAAAGGGGAGCAGGGCGAUAAGGGUGAGCGAGGAGAGAUUGGACCAGUAGGGCCCCAAGGACCCACAGGAUUAACAGGAUCAUUUGGACAAAAAGGAGAGGAGGGUCAAAGAGGAGCCCCUGGAGAUCCCGCGAAGGGUAUUGUUGGCCCAACUGGAAAGAAGGGUGCCAGGGGCGAUGUUGGUCCAGUGGGCCUGGCUGGGCCCCAGGGAGUAAAGGGUGCACAAGGAGACAAAGGAGAAAAGGGUAGUCCUGGAUUUGGGAUUCCAGGACAGCAGGGACCAAAAGGAGAGAACGGUGAAAGGGGAAAUGUUGGCUUAUCUGGAAAGCCUGGACCAAAGGGGCACGAUGGCUCUAAGGGGGAGAAAGGGAGUGUCGGCCUCCCUGGAAAUCCUGGAGCACCAGGACUAAGAGGUAAAGAUGGUGAAUCUGGAGCGAAAGGAGACCAGGGAGUUCGGGGGGACCCAGGUUCUGCUGGAGAGCCUGGUGAAAGAGGAAUUAGGGGUCCUCUUGGCUUACCGGGGCGUCCUGGAGACCCAGGAGAGAAAGGCGAUUCGGGGAAGAUUGGCCUGACUGGGGCAGAUGGCAAGAAAGGAGAUAAAGGAGAGCCUGGAAAGCCUGGACCUGCGGGAGGAACACAGUUUGCCUCAGACAACGUACUGACCAGAGUGAUCAAGGGUGAACCAGGAGAACCUGGCCAGAGAGGAGAGAAAGGUCUUCCUGGGCCGAGAGGUCCUGAAGGAAAGCCCGGUCCACCAGGACUAUCUCUGGUUGGUUCUGGGAGUGGAAGAAAUGGACUGGAUGGCACACCAGGGAAACCAGGACCCAAGGGUGAGCAGGGGCAAAAGGGAGAGCCUGGUCAGAGGGGAGAGAGAGGAGACCAAGGUCGGGUGGGGAUUGCUGGAAUGCCAGGCUUACCAGGAACUCCGGGGAGACCCGGCAUUGAUGGGAAGAGAGGACUGACGGGAAAAGAUGGAGAAAAAGGAGUGAAAGGGGACAAUGGCAAAAAGGGGGAAAAGGGAGAUGCAGGUGCAAAUGGUAAAGAUGGAAGUAAAGGGGAACCAGGAGCUCCAGGUUUGCCCGGUACACAAGUUCUGGUCACACCAGAGGGUGCCACCAUUGAGGAGAUCAGACAAACUUUCCCUAUGCCCAUGGGACCUCCAGGACCUACGGGUUCACCGGGAAUGAAGGGAGAUAAAGGGGACAGAGGCUUGAAAGGUGAAAAGGGUGACGCUGGUCCACGUGGAAAGGAAAUUACCAUGAAGGACAUUGAAGCAAUGUUUGAAUCCUACGGCAUUAGGCUUCCUUUGCUCAAGGCCUUAAUUGACCGGCUGCUACAGGAUGGAGUAGAGGAGUUGCUGCAUGUGCUGGGUACCGUCAGGAGAACGAAGGAUAGCAAAGACACUCACAACUCCAACAUCAUUUCUGAGUACACAAGUUCAGUGAAGUUUGACCUCUCCAGUCAGCCGCUGUCAGAGAUAGACACCAUUGAAGUGCCUGAAUUGGACAGGCAGCUCCCAGAGCCUUUUCCGGACCAGCUGAAUGAGACAGCAGAGGGUCCGACCAUGUGGGGCCUCACAACGCUGAACGCAGAGCCGGAGCUGGACGGGACGGAGAGCCGGUCCAGGAGACCCAAGGGGAAGGGGUCGGCAGUUGGAGACAGCGCUGAGAUACCCUCAGUCAAAAUCCACCUGACUGUGGUUAACUCGACUUUCAACCUCACCACUUCGCAGGAGAGGGUUGCAGGGAAACCAGGAGCAACAUUGGAGACUGUUGUCCUGACACAGGAAGAGUCUCUUAAGAGGAACUCUGGGGAGGAGAAGAAGAAGAACAAGGAACGUGGAAAGGGAAAAGGGAACAAAGGACGCCAUAAGAGGCAGAGACAGCGCCUGGUAAAUGCAGCAUCAGAACCGAGAGAGGAGGAGGAGGAAUUUCAGGAUGGUGAAGAAUUCAGUUACAAAUAUGAGCAGGAGGAACUUUCCACAGUUGAUCCUUCAGUGUCUCAGCAGGUGAGACGGGCAGAGCAGGAGGAAGUGUCGACACUUUCGCCCCCCGUCACCACGCAGCCAGCCGACAAGAAGAAGAAGCAGGCAAACCUUGACCUUCAACAGAAUGGUGGAGGGAAAGUGCCUUUUAGUGAGAUGGGAGCGGAGACCGUGAUGCAUGCAGAGAUGGAGGGUGUAGAAGAAGAGAUUACAGUCAACCCUGGGGAAACAGGAGGAGAAGAAAACAGUAAAGAGGCAGAGGGACGUAGAGAACCGGGAUCUGAACGAGAGUAUGGCGAGGAGGAGAGAAGCGGGGACUACGAGUGGGAAACGGAGGAGGGUGUGGAUCGAGAGGGGGAGGACGACGACGGCGACGAUGAUCUCGAUCUGGGAGUUGAGAGAGAGAGGAUGAGGCUGGAGAUGGAGAGAGAGAAACAGGAGAGGGAGAGGACGGAGAGUGAGGGGGAGAGAGAACGGGAGGAAUGGGAGAGGUGGAGGGUGGAGAUGGAGAGAGCAAGAGGGGGGACGAACGAUGCAGGAACUGGAAGACCAUACCCAUAUCAUCCAGAGUACUUUUAUUUAAAGGGUGCCCCGGGUGAGCCUGGAGACCCCGGACCAAAGGGUGAAAUUGGCGAAAAGGGACAAAAGGGUGAGCCAGGCAUUGGUCAUAGAGGGCCUGUAGGCCAAGCUGGACCUCCAGGACAAAAGGGUGAACCAGGUGAGCCAGGACCUCCAGGUGCUCAGGGUAUUCAGGGUAUUCGUGGGAACUCUGGCAUUCAGGGCUCCCCGGGCCUGAGGGGCCAACCUGGUUAUCCAGGAGAACCAGGGAGAGAGGGAGACAGGGGUCGAAGGGGGAAGAAUGGAUCGCCUGGCGCUGCUGGACCACAAGGACCUCCUGGAACACAGGGUCCUCCUGGUGUGCCAGGAGUAAAAGGAGAAAAGGGUGACAGCAUUCCAGGCGAGUCGGGCGCGAGGGGCAUUGCUGGGAUCCCAGGCAGAAGGGGUGAGAAGGGCACACCGGGGGCAAACGGAGCCACUGGCCAUAUAGGUCUGAAAGGUUUGCAAGGCACUAAAGGAGAAAAGGGUGACCGCGGCUGGCCUGGAGUCAGAGGAGAGAGGGGUAGUGUGCUUCAAAUCCAAGGACCUCGUGGAUAUAAAGGGGCUAAGGGAGAGGAGGGACUGCGAGGCCCCCCAGGUUUUGAUGGAGAUAAAGGAGAAAAGGGAGAGGAUGGUCCCCCUGGAGUCAAGGGCCUAAAGGGAGAUGCAGGCAAAAAGGGUGCAGUGGGACCAUUUGGAGCCCGGGGACCAGUGGGUCAGAAGGGAGAUUCAGGGGAGCCUGGUGCCAAUGGAGUAAAAGGGCGCAAUGGAGAUCAUGGAGUGGAUGGAGCCAAAGGGGACAAAGGAGAUUUGGGACUGCAUGGGAAGAAGGGUGAUCAGGGUGAUCCAGGGGAACCAGGCUUGCCCGGAGAUAAAGGAGAUAAGGGAGAAAAGGGGUUCAGAGGCUUACCCGGACGCAUGGGGAGCCCAGGACUGGAUGGAGAGAAGGGUGACAUGGGGUUACCUGGCACCCCUGGCAUACCAGGGCUCAAUGGACUCAUGGGACGCAAGGGGGAAAAGGGUGAUGGGGGAAUAAAUGGAGUUGAUGGCGCCACAGGACAGAAAGGAGAAAAGGGUGCUGCAGGUUUCCCUGGCUUCCCAGGGUUCAAAGGGUCAGCAGGGAGUCUGGGAAGGGAUGGAGACCCGGGACGACCAGGAUCCCUGGGACCCCGAGGGGACACUGGGCCAAAGGGAGAGAUGGGCAGAAGGGGCAGGGCAAAGCCUUGUCAAAGGGGAUCACCAGGUACUCCCGGAAAACCAGGGGACAGAGGGAAAGAGGGGGAUGAAGGAGCCAAAGGAGAAAAGGGAGAGCCUGGUCUGUCUAUUGAAGAGGUGAAGGAGCUGGUCACUCAGGAGGUGGCAGAAAAAUGUGGAACUGAAUAUCAUUUUAUAGUGAAGUCCAUCGACCCUGAUAUUGAGGUGGUGGUGACUGAGAAUGCGAGUGAGCCAGAAGAAACGGCGGUAUUCCUCAAACGCAACCUGCCUGAAAAUGGCAAAGGAGAGGAAGAUGAAGAGGAGGCAAGGAGAAGGGUUGAAAAUGGGGUGGCAGAAAUUGCUAGCCCACCCUCUGGGAUCCCAUUAAAUGACAACACCACAGAUUCGGAUUCCGCUGUCGACCGCUGUCUGGAGCCGAUGUCAGAGGGAGCCUGUUCAGACUAUGUUCUGCUCUGGUACUUCCGCCCCACCUCGCGGGAGUGCCGGCCAUUUGUCUACGGGGGCUGCGGGGGCAACCGAAACCGUUUCCCCUCACGGAAAGAGUGCGAGAAGCAGUGUGCGAUGGAAAGAGCAGGUGUGCGACCAAUUACAUGA